AUGUAUUUUACCCGUCUCUCGACUGUCUCUGAUCUUUACACGUCUCUCGACUGUCUAUGCUCAUUAUACAUCUCUUGUCUCUCUCCGAUUUUUAUCCGUCUCACGUCUAUAAAUGCUCUUUACCGUCUCUCACUGGCCUCUGCUAUUAAACCGUCUCUUGCCUAUCUAUGCCUAUUAUCAGUCUCUCGACUGCCGCUGCGCUUUACCCGUCUCUCGCCCGUCUCAGCUCUUUACCCGUCUCUCGCCCGUCUCAGCUCUUUACCCGUCUCUCGCCCGUCUCAGCUCUUUACCCGUCUCUCGCCCGUCUCAGCUCUUUACCAGUCUCUCGCCCGUCUCAGCUCUUUACCCGUCUCUCGCCCGUCUCAGCUCUUUACCAGUCUCUCGCCCGUCUCAGCUCUUUACCCGUCUCUCGCCCGUCUCAGCUCUUUACUCGUCGCUGAAUCGUUUCUGCUCUUUACCUGGCUUCGCCUAUCUAUGUUCUUUACCCGACUAUCUCCUAUCUAUGCACUUUACUCGUCUCUCGCUUGCUUCGGCUCUUCACCCGCCUCUCGCUCGUCUCGACUCUUUACUCGCCUCUCGUUCUUCUCUGCUCUUUACCUGGCUUUCGCCUAUCUAUGUUCUUCACCCACUGUUGCCUAUCUACGCUCUUUACCCGACUAUUGUCUAUGCACUUCACUCGUCUCUCGCCUGCUUCGGCUCAUUACCCGUCUCUCGCUCGUCUCUGCUCCUAAUCAGUGUGUCGCUCGUCUGUGCUCUUUACCCGUCUCUCGCUUGACUGUGCUCAUUACCGGUCUCGCGCCUAUCUAUGUUCUUUACCAGACUCUUGUCUAUGUAUGA